CAAGUUGCUCAAUCUCUCUAUUGACAACUAGACCAAACUUAGAAGAAACCAAAUCGACACCAACUCAGCAAGAAACAGAAAAACGUCUCAACAUGAUUUCAGCAGCAGCCUCUAUCAGAGUAUUUUUGCUUCUAUUCAUCUUAGGUAUAAACAUUCCCUUGCUAUCAUACAUAUACAUAUGCAUAUGCAUUUUAUAGUAUUUUGUACUCCGACACGGCGAUGCAUAUGUUCAAAACUUUCCUGGGCCUCGAGAACUAACUAUCCCAGUGAUUUUUUUUUGCAUUUGGAUUGAUUAACACUCAAUUUAACAGUUGUUCAGUGCACGGUGUUACUAACAAAUGGUCAUUAUUUAUUUAUUUAUUUAUUUAUUUAUUUAUUUUGGUUCUGCAGGUUUGACAAUCUCCUCUGCCUCGCCAAUCCGCACAGAAGGCGUGGAUUUGCGCUGCCAAAAAGAUGAAGAUUGCAAAAAUCCUGCAAUUGUAGCGGAACUGAAAUGCCCCCCUGAGGACCACCUUCUUUGUAUCUAUAGACCCAAAAUCAAAGACGUGAAAUUUUGCCAAUGCGUAGAUGAUUGAUCAUUAGGAGAUGUAAUUUAUUAAACAUACCUUUAUGGCUUCCUGCCAGAUUACAUAUCUCAAUUUGAGAGACAACUUGCGACUUUUUUCUAGUUUUUACUUGCCUUGCCCGCAUUAGCACUCCAAUUUCACAAGUGAAUCGGACUUGCUUGAUACUGAAGUGACGGACAGAGAAAGCUCAAAAGAGUUAAAGGGCGCUGGAAUUACCCCAAUGGCUGCCUGCCAUUCCUUUCGAGAGGAUAAUGGGGAAUCAAAGCAAAGCCAACACCAAGCACAAGAUUUGGUCGUUGUUGUCAACCUAUCGUCUUCCACAUACUCUGCCAAAAUCCAAAUCCCACCGCCAAAUCCAAACCAUUCGUACCCUGUAGCUCUCUAUAGCAGAUUAGCAGUCUGUAUAGUCUCUUCUUGUUGUUCUUUCUAACGUUAUCAUCGUUUAUCCGGGGGAAAGAGCUCCGAAAAUGGCAUUAAUGGCGUCCCCGUCCCCAACAAAAUCGAAACCCGCCUCCCCCUGCGACAUUGGGCAUAACCCAUUUCCCAAAACCCUCAAUUUCAGCCGAAUUGUAAAACCCAUUUCUCAAGCUCGAAACUUUACCUCUACCGUCGUACGGUUUUCUUCCCACAAGAAUCCUGCCGCCAGAUUAUUAUCUGCAUCGGCCAAUUCCGACGUCGCCGGCGGUGGGGAGGUUGGGGAUUUUGGCGGGAGGGGGGACAGGAGAAGAAUUCUGUUGUCGGACGUGGUGGUGACGAGGGAGAGGAAAUUGUUCGGAGACCGGAAAUGGAAUUCGCUGGAUAUAUCGACGGCGGUCGUCGUCGUAGCUAUGCAUUUGCUUGCUCUCCCGGCUCCCUUCUGUUUCAGCUGGCCGGCCUUCUACGUCGCCGUUUCGCUCUACAUUAUCACCGGACUCUUCGGUAUCACUCUCUCCUUCCACAGAAACCUCUCCCAUCGAAGCUUCAGGCUCCCCAAGUGGCUCGAGUACUUAUUCGCUUACUGUGGCGUGCACGCCCUUCAGGGGAAUCCGAUAGAUUGGGUGAGCACGCAUAGAUACCACCAUCAAUUCUGCGAUUCAGAGAGAGACCCACAUAGUCCACUUGAAGGGUUCUGGUUCAGUCAUAUGAGUUGGCUCUUUGACACCAACUCUGUUGCAGAAAGGUGUGGAGGAACUAACAAUGUUGGGGAUUUGGAAAGUCAAUCCUUUUAUCAGUUGGUGAAAGCUACUUAUGUUUUGCAUCCAAUUGCUCUUGCUGCCUUGCUCUAUGCAGCUGGUGGUUUCCCUUUUCUGGUCUGGGGAAUGGGCGUGAGGAUAGUUUGGGUAUACCACAUCACAUGGCUGGUAAACUCAGCUUGCCAUGUCUGGGGAAGCCAGGACUGGAAGACUGGUGACUUGUCGAGGAACAACUGGUGGGUUGCAGUGCUAGCAUUUGGGGAGGGUUGGCACAACAAUCAUCAUGCUUUUGAGUACUCGGCCAGGCAUGGCCUGAAAUGGUGGCAGAUCGACAUGACUUGGUAUGUUGUUAGGUUUCUUCAAGCUGUGCGAUUGGCCGUCGAUGUGAAGCUGCCGACAGAGGUUCAAAAGAGGAAGAUGGGCUUCGAAAGUUAGAAGCCAAUGCAUGCAUUUUUUGCAGUGUUGUACUUGUCCACACUCUGUUUAUCUGUUCUUUUAGCGGGUGAAAGGAUGUGUAGUACUGGUAAACUCUAGACUCUAGAGGAAACUUCUAAUUAAAUUAAACUAUUAAUUAACUCUUUAAAAACAAUUAAGUAAAAAAAUCACUAUUUUUCAUAGAGUCGCAUCACAAGAGGUGUUUUUUUUUAAUUAACCAAAACUUGAAGGAGUUUUUGUGUUAUUAUUAUGAAUUAAACUAUUAAAAGAACAAAUUCUAAAACACUAUUUCAUAGUUAAAUCGCUAUUCGUCGUCCUAAAAUUUAAAUUUUUUCGCCCUAAACUAUAUUACAUUGACUGGUAUACCCCUAUUUUCAAUUUCAAAUCCUCAAACCCACCAUAACCCCUAACUUCCCCCACCAGCCAAAUUUCAGCUGCUGCCGUUCACCAACAUGUCGCAUCUCAAAUUCUUAAAACCUAUAGAAACGGCAAUUUCCCAAUUUGUCGAUGCAGUUCCCCCAACUGUCGGCCCGCUGUUGCUUUUGUUCCGAUAAUCAUCAACAGGCCGAAAGCAAGGCUUCUCUCCCUACGAACUGUAGCACUUCCAUGUGGCUCAUCAUUUGGAAAAGCCAACACAUAGAGCUUAAGUGAAAUAUCAAGUUAAUAACAUGCAUAGUUGUUCUCUUCUGUUUCUCAAGAAGGUCCAUGCUAAGAAAGAAACGCAUGAGACUUUGCGCUGAAAUUUUCACCAGGACUGCCGCUUUACUAUGCACACCCGGCGAGCCAUAGGGUCGCAUUAGUGGACUGGACCGCAUCCCAUUUCCUCAACAUAGAGACUAAGAGGGUAGCUUUGGCUAAUUGUUAGACUUCCCUGCGGUUUAUAACCCCCUAACCUCACACGGUCAUUCGAUUCUUCAAGUCAUAAUUGUUAGCUAGGGGGAGCAACACUCGGGUGAAGCCUUCUCAAUUAGUGUCAAAUUCAUUUUACCUUUGCAAAGUAAUUUAGCUUUAGACCUUUGUUUUCACCAAAACCAAUUCGGUAGAUAAUGUUUCAAACAAUUGAAGUAGUGGUACAUGAUUCGGCCUGGGUCGAUAUUUAAACAUACUUGUCAUAUAUUGCACCCAUCUAAGGUUUAUACUUGGACCUUAGGUGAGAAUUUAUUGUGAUAGUCAGAGCGAGUCAAGUUUUUGGCACCGUUGUCGGGGAACAGUGGUCCGUUAUCGUGCAAAGUUUGUUUGGUGUUAAUCUAGCUUUUAAUUUCUGUUUUGUUAAGUUGUGAAGUGUUGCUUAGGCUAGACAUGUUGUGUUCUUUAAGUGUGUGUAGGGUGAUGCAUGGCCCGUAGCAAUCUGAUACCUUUAAUACCACAGGACAAAGACAUCAAUUUGACUCUCCGACUUUUAGCUCGGGAGAGGGAGCUAGUGGAAGCAAGAAGGAGAAGUAAAGAGAGGGGAUAACAAGUUGGUCCCGUAUUUGAAGGAAUUGAAGGAGAAUUUGAAGUUGAGAUGGCGGCAAAUCAACCUCAAGGCGCCAAUCCAUCCCCGAAUGCAAAUAUGGAAGCGGGAACCGAGGAAGAGCCAAGGAUUGUGGGCUAUUACAUGGCUCCACGGGCGGUGGAUAUCCAAUUUCCCAUCUUACAUCCACCCGUGGCCGCCAACAACUUUGAAAUCAAAGGUUUCUUGAGCUAGCGGGAAGUUUGAAGAUAAAUGGUGUCUCCGCGGAGGCAUUACGCUUGAGGUUAUUCCCCUACUCUCUUGUGGGGGAAGGGGCUAUGAUGGCUCAUUUAACACCCUAUCAUGUAUGCUUUGCUUAAUCAUAAUGUUCAUACAACUGCAGGGGAAUUUAAAACUGGUGUUACAUUAAUUUCCCAAAUUUACCCAAAUAGAAUUUCGACAUGAAUUACUCGCGUAAUGGGCUAACGGUUCUUGUAACUAAAUCCUGCAAAAUAAUUUAUAUGAAUAUAUGCAUUCAUAGACA